GGGGCAGGGCCUGGAGCGGGUCCGGCCCGGCCCACGCGUGACCUCCGCGUGUCCCCGCGGAUCUGCCCGGCGCGUCUUUGCCCCCCUGUGUCUGUGUCUGCUAUGUGUCUGUGUCCCCGUGUCCCUCUAUGUGAACGUGCCCCCCCGGCUCAGUGUACCCUGUGCUCCCCGCGUCGCCCUUCUUUCUCAUAUUUAAGUGUCCCUCGUGUUCCUUCGUGUGUCCCUCUAUGUCCCCCCGUGUGCUUGUGGUCCUCAUAUCCCCCCCACCUGUCACGCUUCCAGGUCCCCCCGUGCCCCCAUUUGCACGUGUCUCCCCACGUCCUACGCGUAGCCGUGGUCCCCCCGUCCCCGUGUCCCUGGAUCCCCCCUGUGCCCGUGCCAUCCUGCAGUCCCCGCCGUCCCCAGGCCCCGCCCGGCCGCCCGCGCCCCCCCGUCCCCUCCCCUCCCCGCGGUGCCCCGCUCCGGCCCCCGGCCCGCCCCGUCGGCGCUGACUGAAGGCGGCACCUGCGGCGGUCACACGGCCGCGGGGCGAGCGGAGCGCGUAGGAGCAUGGAGUCCCCGACAACCGGUGGAGCCCCCGCCCCGAGCGACACUGCCCUGGGUGACCUCACACAGACAUCAACAGGGCCCACAGAGGGGAUGGGGGGGGGGGACAGCGGGGAAAGCGCGGCACAGGAGGAGCAGGGGGCUGAGGGAGGGGCUGGGGGGGAGGCUGCAGGGGAUGCGGGGAGUGAGGGCAAGGCAGAAGCAGCAAAGGAUUGUGGGAGUGAGGCUAAGGGGGAGGCAGCAGGGGAUGCUGGGAGUAACGCUAAGGGGGAGGCUGCAAAGGAUGCUGGGAGUGAGGCUAAGGGGGAGGCUGCAAAGGAUGCUGGGAACGAGGCUAAGGGGGAGGCUGCAAAGGAUGCUGGGAGUGAGGCUAAGGGGGAGGCUGUAGAGGAUGCUGGGAGCGAGGCUAAGGGGGAGGCUGCAAAGGAUGCUGGGAGUGAGGCUAAGGAGGAGGUUGCAAAGGAUGCUGGGAAUGAGGCUAAGGGGGAGGCUGCAAAGGAUGAUGGAAGUGAGGCUGAGGCAGCAGGGGAUGCUGGCAAGGGGCCUGCAGCAGGGCAGGCUGCUGAGCGCGAGGCCGAAGGGCAGGCCAGAGGCAGCGCGGUGCCACAGGAGGAGGCCGAGCCGGGGCCCAGGCCGGUGGCAGCGGGCAGCACCCAAGGCCGGCAGGAGCCCACCUGGCUGCAGGAUGAGGACGAUGAGCUGUGGCCCGAGUUCCUGCCCUGCUCGCCCACGGAGGGGCCCACCAGCCCCACCACCCCGCUCUCCCCUGCCUCCCCCGUGUCUCCCACGUUCCCCACGUCUCCCACAUCUCCCUCGUCUCCUCCUGUGUCCCCCACGUCCCCCGCAGCUGGUAGCACUGAGGGCUCAGGUGGCAGUGAGAGUGGUGUGUCUGCAGUGGGGCCACGGGGCCGGGUGCCCCCCAGGGUGGCAGCUGUGGGUCGGCCACGAAUGAGCAGCCGGGCACAUGGACGCAGCGCCAUCCUGGAGAAGUUUGGGGGGGCAGCCACAGGCCCAGCCCCACACCUGAAGCGUGCGGGGGCCACGGGCUCAGUGAAAGCCAUGCUGCUGGAGUGGUGCCGUGCCAGGACACGUGGCUACCAGCACGUGGACAUCCAGAACUUCUCGGGGAGCUGGAGCAGCGGCAUGGCCUUCUGCGCCCUCAUCCACAGCUUCUUCCCCGACGCCUUUGACUAUGGCAGCCUGGAGCCCCAGGACCGCCGGCGUAACUUCACCCUGGCCUUCACCACCGCAGAGGAGCGUGUCGACUGUGCCCAGCUGCUGGAGGUGGAGGACAUGCUGCGGUUGGCGGUGCCGGACGCCAAGUGCAUCUACACUUACGUGCAGGAGCUGUACCGCAGCUUGGUGGCCAAAGGGCUAGUGAAAACCAAGAAGCGCUGAGGCCCCCCCAGCCCCAUUCCCCACUUUGUCCCCCACCCCCUAGGAGUAAAGGUUUGCGGUGCCAUGC